AUGGGCCCGCGGCGCCCGGGCCGGUCUCGCGUGGCCGGCGGGAGGGCGGGCGAGCGCGCCCCGGGCUCAGGGGCGGCGGCCGACGCGCCUGCCCCCCAGCUUGGGUUUCAGCGGCUCCUGGAGCGCAGGGGCCAAAGCCGGGGCGCCGGGGGCUGCGGCGGGGCCGGCCGCUUCCUCGCCCGCCUCCCCCGUCGCCGCUGGGGCCCCGGGCGGGAGGCCUACACCCCGCCGCGCGGCCCUCGCCCCUCUCCACCCCGCCGCCUCCUGCCCGCCACUCCAGGGGCCCGCGGACCCCGGGGCCCGGCCUCCAUCAGACCCGCGCGCACGGCAGCUUCCCGGGUAGAAGCCGCCGCCCAAUGGAAAACUCGCAGCGGCCCGGUAACCGGAUCACCGCCCUCCGCCCCCCGCGGCGCCGGGCCCUCGGCCGGAUCCGGUUACUGCUUCUCUGACUCCUGCUGCCAGGAGCCCGCGGGGCCCCCUCCCCAGCAGCCCGGAGCCCCCGCCCCGCGGCCCCUGCCCCCCUUGGCUCUGACCUCAGGCUGCGGCCCUGGGGCCCUGCCUGCCCGCCGGGGUCCUGCACCUGCCUCGGCGGCUGAGAGCCAAGCCGGGAAACCCGAGCUGCCCACGCUGGGCGCGUGCCAGACUCAGUGUCCUCUGCCUCGUCAGAGCACAGGGCCUGCAGGACAAGGGCCCACGGGGCCGCGUCCAGCCCUGCCCUGCCCCUCUGCCCAGGGGGAUGUGUCCAGUUUGGGGCGCGGGCUGGGGUUCAGCUCCCCUGCCGGCCGCUUCCGCCCCUGUGGCCGGAACGGCGAGGAGGCAGCCAGGCCGGUGCCAGGCCCUGCCCGGGAGCUGGCGCUGGGUGGAUGCCGCCCCCCGUGCCCCCUCGGGACCCCCAGCCCAGCCCCCUCCGAGGGCCCACGCUUCCGUCUCCCACCAGGGUCUGGGGGCCGGGCCCCGCGGGUGCGCGCCCGCCCCAGGGGCCCGGAGCGGGCUGCUCAGAGCCACCGGAAGCACCCAGAGUGUGGCUCCUGGACAGCGUCACCAACGCAGUGCUGGCCCGGAGGCCCCCUGGAGGAUGUCAACCCCAGGUCCCAGGACCAGCGGGCACAGGCGACACCCCAGGGGCCCGGAGCUGUGAAGGUCCAUGCUCCCUCCUGUCCCCAGGACCUAGCCUCUGCUUUCCAGCGCUGCGGGGACCGCGCGGAGCCUUCCGUGAGUAGGGGGCGGGCAGGGCCCUGGGUGUCCUCUAGCCUGCUCAUGCCCAGGGGACUCUCAGGCGGCCGGGCCGAGGUCUGCCCCCCACACCAGACGGCCCUCCUCAGCUUGGCCAUUCGAGGCUGUCAGCUCGUGGCUCCGUCCGCGUGCCUGGGUGGGAGGCCAGCUGUGGACUCGCGGGGUGCGUGGCUGCCCGGCCCCCGCCGCCAGGACGAGGCAGAGGGGAGCCCCGGGGCCGACGGGUGGGGCAGGACACCCUCCCCGACCCGCAGAACACACCAGACCCUCGACAGCCGGGCUGGGGCACGGUGGAUUCCGCCCGGCUCCAAAAUCACACCGGGCCGCGUCUCUGAAUCAAGACCACCGGGCCAGAGCACGGCCCCGCCGCCCCGGCGCUCCCCCCGAGGGGCGGGGGGCCUCCCCGGGGCCCGUACGCCGUUCCCCAGCCGGACCCCGGUGCCCCCGGGAGGUCUGGGCCUCUUGCCUGCUCUCCGCCAGGGCAGCGCCCAGCGGCUCAGAGGCCGGCGCUUUCUGGCCUGCCACCCUCUGGGGCACCGUGAAGGGCCGGGCAGCGUGCAGACGCCCCGGACGGGCAGCCGUACCCCUGGCCAGGGCGACCCCUCCCAGCGGGCCCCCUACCGCAGCCCCAGGUGGGCUCCUGCCCCUCCCCCGGCGGGCCCCUCGGAGCAGCGCCCCUUCCGCGGCCCUGUGGGUGGUCCAGGCGGGCGGCGGCUGGCGGGGGGCGGGAUGAGAGCAGGGCCGGGCGCGCUGACAACGGGACCAGCUGUGCCCGGCCCCGAGGGCGGCGGCGGGAGCCUCACCUCUGCCCCAGGCGAACUCCGCCGCCACCUCAAGGCCCAGUGGCUCUACUUCGGGGGAGACCCCUUGUCUGGGACUGCGCCCGCCAGUGCGCACCCCCCACUGCCUGCUCCCGGGCACCCCGACAGUGGGAGCCGCAAUCUACACCCGGCCCGGAGGCUGCCCGGCAGUGGGCAGAGGGGUGGCACCCCCGGGGGCGGCUUCUAG